AUGAUAGCCCGUGAUGUUGAAAUGGUUUCUACUUGGGGAGCUACCACUUAUGCCCAGGUUGUGGAGAGGUCACUCACUGCUGAAAGGUUGGAAGAAAAAAUUCGAAAGGAUUUAGCUACCAGAAGGGAUGCCAGAAAGAAUGCUUUCAACAACACCAAUGACCAGAAAAUAAAGUUUAGUGAAGGGUCAAGACCAUAUGGGGCAGAUAAGAAGGUCAAGGAUGACAAUGAUUCAGCCGCCACUCAUUCUUAUGUUGCUGAUAGGAUAGUGGAUAAGUUUUUUAGACCCUUUGAAUUAAAUGCGGUAGGAUUUAGGACCAUGUUACCAACUGGGGAGGUGGUAAUAACUAGAAGAUGGAUUAGGGCCUUGCCAAUGUGGGUGGACAAUAGGGAGAUAUUUGUAGACCUAAUUGAACUUGGAAUGAAAAACUUUGAUGUAAUCCUUGGAAUGGAUUGGUUGGCUAAGUAUGGAGUAACGAUCGAUUGCAAGAAAAAGAUGGUAAAGUUCAAGCCAAUAGGAGAGGAGUCGUUCAUGUUCCUGGGAAUAACUACUGGACCAAGAAUCCCAAUCAUCACAUUAUUGAAGGCAAAGGAAAUGCUACAUGAAGGUUGCAUAGGGUUUUUAGCGAAUGUAAUUGAUAUAGCUAAGGAGGCAGUACAAAAUCCAGAGGAAACGAAAGUAGUACAAGAGUUUCUGGAUGUGUUUCCUGAGGAUCUACUAGGCUUACCACCCCAUUGA